AUGGCAACUAGAAGAGCGACCCGAACACAAGAAGAAGAAAAUCCGGAUAUCAAAGAUAUCCUAACAUGCAUUUCAAAGAAACUUGACAACAUUGGGGAAUCUCUACAGCAAAUAGUAGAUCAUCAGCAUAAGGAAGAGAGAAACACAUCCGAAUGUUUUGAACAGUUUAAUAGAUCGAUGAAUACAAUUAGUAACGAAAUCGGAAAUGCAUUAGAUAAAACAAACCAUAUAAACAUGGAAAAUCAAGUGAAAAAUCAACGCCAAAAGAUAUCUAGAAUUUGGAAUAAUCAUUUGAAUAAACGAAAGCAACUGUACUGGCACAGCUUGAACAGUGAAAAUACAGCACUAAUAUACGAAACGUGGAUCAACAAAGAAAAGAAAAUAUUGCCCAGAAAAUUUCUUAUCAAAUCCAUUGCGAACGAGGAUAUCAACGAAACAAGAAUACGACAAAAUUCUGCCGUCGAAAAUUUCCGAAACGAGAUCGCUCUCCUGAACGUCCGAGCCGAACGACAUAAAUCAAAAUGCAAGCAGACGGAAGAAGAAAUGAAAAAAUUCCUUGAAGACCGUUUUACUGGUCAUACCCUUACAGAAUUGAAGAAUCUAUGGCACGAAGAUGUUACGCAUGAAGAAUCCAAAUCCUUAAAGAAAUGGGAAUCCAAGCAAAUUUGGCUCGAGAAGUAUGAAGCUGAAUUUAAACAUGAGAGCUUCCUGAAACCCCCAAGGAAGUACAACGAGAGCAAACCAACGGGAGAUUCGCGACAACAAGAUCGACGCGGUAUGACCGACAAUACGCAUUUACAAAGCAUAAGUAAACAGCUAAACCAUAGGAGAAUGAAUCCCAAACAAUUCCAGAACAACCGUCCCGAUGAGAGAAAGUCUGCAAAAUUUGCCCACAAUCGACCCAGAUACAACGUAACCGCAAUUAAUAAGGAGAGAGUAGGACAAAACCGAUUCCAGCACAACAACACACGCAAUCAUCAUUCCUCGUCGUCACUGCAUCACCAAAUGACAUAUGCUGAGGUCGCGAGAAUUCCUCCAAGAUAUAAUCCACAGCAAGGAAGUACCUACAUCGUUGAUGAUUACGAAAGAAUCCCAAGGAACACUUCUUUUUUAGAACAACAUCCCAUCAAGAGAUAUCCUCCAGAGAGAUCACUCUACCAUCCCAGGGAACGACUACGACAACCGCACAUGACCAACCACCGUUGA